UGACGCCAUCUUGAAAUCGUCCCGAGCAGAGGAGGCAGGAGGAGACGGAUUUGGGAAAAUCAGCUCGUCCUAAACUCGACAGCUACGCGGAUUAACGGCGGCUUCAGCGGUUAUUGCUAUCAUAUGAUAGUGUGUCCACUUGUUCGUUCGAGUCUUUUGGACCGGGAACGGUUGUUUGGCCCACUUUGGAGAGGGCUUUCGCAGCGGGAGGGAGGGGGGAAAGGCAGCCUGGUAAUCGGUUGUUUCCCUGCUGGAGCGGACGGAGCCGUGGUUGUGGCCGGGCAGCCCCGCUGGACCGUCGGACGAAGCCUGAAGCCUCUGCACGGAAUAUAGCAUCCACGAUAAAGCUUUUAAAUAUUUUUUUAAAAUAGUGUGAGAUUGGAAAUGCUCCCUUUCGACGCCGUUUUGACAUUUUAAAGAGCUAUGCGACGGAGCUUACCGAGGAGAAGUUUGAUUGGAGAGCGGAGUGCGCUUGAUUUGCAGUCCGAUGGAUGUUAGUCCUGCCCGGCUGUGGCUCUGCUCUGUGCACCGCUCUUCUGAAAAAUAGCACCACAGGGCACAGGUGAACAAUGCUGCUGCUGCAGACCUGGCAAGUACACGAUAAGAAGCCCGGCUCCAGUGCCAUCAAAUCGUCCUGCAUUGCUUGUCUAUAAACCUGGAAAUACCACCGAACAUCCCCUCCUCCUCCUCCUCUUCUUCAUCCUCCCGUCGUCUUUUUUUGGACUAUUGAGGCUUGCAUUACCUGGGAUAUUUUGGAUAUAGACUCGAUCUCGACAUUUUUUUAAGAUGCAAUCUUUCCAGAGACAACAAGACAUUUAAUUUGACUCAGUCGUGUGUUUUGGAGCUUUUCGUGCUUUUGUAAAAUUCUCUUUCUAGUCAGAGGAUCCGAUUCGGAUGGAAAAUGGGAGACGCCACCAAACUGGCCUUCGCCGUUUUCCUCAUCUCCUGCUCUUCAGGUGCCAUCCUGGGACGCUCAGAGACGCAGAAGUGUGCCUACUACAACUCCAGCUGGGAGAAAGAGCAGACAAUCCGCAACGGCACCGAACCCUGCUAUGGCGAGAAAGACAAGAGGCGGCACUGUUUCGCCACGUGGAAAAAUGUCUCCGGGUCCGUGGAGAUCGUCAAGCAGGGCUGCUGGCUGGACGACGUCAACUGCUACGACAGUAACGAGUGUGUGGAGAGGAAGGAGAGUCCCGAUGUUUUCUUCUGCUGCUGUGAAGGCAACAUGUGCAACGAGAGGUUCCUGUACGCUCCCGAAGCGCCCCCGCAGAGCGACCCGCACCAUUCAACCGCCUACACCACUUCCAACCCGUUCUCCCAGAAGCCCCAGCUCUUCAGCACCCUGCUUUACUCCCUGGUUCCCAUCAUAGGCCUGGCCGCUGUCGUCCUCUUCUCCUUCUGGAUGUGGCGGCAUCACAAACUGGCCUACCCAGCGGCCCUCGUUCCCACACAUGAUCCGGACCGUCACCCCCGUCCCCCAUUUUGGGACACAAACCGCUGCAGCUGAUCGAGGUGAAAGCCAGGGGGCGCUUCGGCUGCGUUUGGAAGGCCCAGCUGCUGAACGAAUAUGUGGCCGUUAAGAUCUUCCCCA